AUGUGUCUCAGUGGUAAGGCUGGUACGGGGAAAUCCAGCAUAUCCCGGACCGUUGCUACAUCAAUUGAAUGCGCUGUCUAUUUUGGAGCAUCAUUGUUCUUCGAGAUCGGUGAGAGUCACAGGCCUUCCCUAUCGAAAUUCUUCACAAUAAUCACUACCGACCUGAUCCUCAAAUUCCCAAGGGUGCGUCGUUACGUCAAAAGUGCAACAGAAGACGAGCCAGAUAUCUUCCAGAAGCCUCUCCUUGAUUCUCAAAGCAGUCACUCUCUCCAUCCUAUUGUCAUCGUCGUUGAUGCACUGGACGAAUGCGAGCGAGACGAGGAUAUGAAAUUGUUUAUUGCUCUAUUCACCAAGGCUAGCAUUUCUCAACUCCCUAAUUGUAAAAUUUUCCUCACCAGCAGAGCCAAGUUACCGAUUCGACUUAGUUUCAAUCUCGCAGCACCCAAAAUCUUUCAUGCUCUGACAACAGAAAUCAAUGCAUCCGACUCGGCAGAGGGCCAGACUCUAACUCUAGAUUGGACCCGACGUGAGAAAAUCCAGUCAUUGGCAGAAAUGUCUAUUCCCCAUUUCAUCUUCGCGGCUAACCCUGAGACUGUCUUUGAGGUUGGAACCAAGAGCCAAAACCCACACUAUGAGAAAACCUAUCUUUCGGUUCUCAAUAUGCUGGUUGCAGAGCUGUCGGAAAAAGGAGUCCGACCUCAGUGUAACGACUGUUCCGCCUUUCCUUCCGGGACUUUCUACUCGAUUCUGAUAUGGAGAAGAGUCCAUUUUUGGGUGAAUAAGGAAAAAGAACACGCGAGGAGUUUGGUCCUUCGGGGGAAAACGUCCAAAUAUGAUAUCUGCGGCAUGGGUGAUUUCACCACGCUACGCCAGGCAUUCGAGAAACCAACCAUAUCCGACCAUCUCUCUCCGGAAGUGCAAUGUUUUUACUCCUACUGGUUGCACUGUUUCGAACAUGCUGGCGCCAUUCUUGAAGAUGAUCGACAGGUCCAUCACUUUCUGCAAGUCCAUUUGCUUCAUUGGCUCGAGGCGAUUAGCCUGCUCGACAAAGUUUAUGGUUGCGUGGGAUUUGUCGAGACGCUCCGAGGGUUAACUUGCCCAGAGAAUAGCAAUGAAAUGGUUGAGCUUCUUGAUGAUUUUUGCUGUUCCAUGUCGCUACCAUCGAUUCACUUCCCCUUCAGCUAUACUUGUCCGUGCCUGCAUUCACCCCAACAAACAACCUCAUACGAAAGAUGUACAAGAGAACGGUGGAGGGGCGGUUAUCACUUUAUCCGCCGACAGAAACCUCUUGUGGAGAUUGCUUGCAGACGUUUGAAGGACGCACCAGCUGAGCGAAAGCGGUUGCAAUUUCUCGCAACUUCUUGA